GAUCUAUGAUCGGAGAUUGAGAGUUAACUCUAUACACAUAUUUAGAUGUGUUUGAUAAUGUCAUUUAUCUUUCUUUGUUUGAUUUUCUACUUUGAAGCAAUUUAAUGAUAAAAUAAGAUUAAAAAUUUUUUUGUGAUUGAUAACAAGAUUAACAAUGUACAAACUGGGUUGAUAAAUCUGAAAUCUCAAAUUCCGUUCAAUUUUAUAAAAGGGACAUGAUCAUAGUGUAUAAACGUAGUCGUGUAAUAAACGCCAUGAAAUUAAUUUAUAUUGGAUUAACGUUCCUUGCUCUGGCUUCAGCCGAGCUAAAACUUCUUGAUGAUAUCGAACCUCAAUAUCUGAAUGUCAACAUAAAUGAUCUCGUGGAUCGUUUUAAUCCUGAAAUUUCACAAUUGAUUAUCGAUCAUGGAUUAGAUCCGCUCAUUCUUCCACGCGUUGAAACAAAAUUGUGGAAGAAAGCCGAUCUCGUUUUAUAUUCGGGAAUAUUGAACCAUUUAUCUGCUAUAAAGCGUUGUGGCAAUGUUAUUUUAAAUUACGAAGACCAAAUAGCGAUGAAUGCUAGUUUUAAAUUCAAUGAUUUGGAGGGACAGUAUAAGUACACCCUUGAUGUGGGCAUUUUCGAUUUCCUGGGCGGUAUUGUAAUCACGGUGGCAGACGUGCACGCUAAAAUUAGCGUUACAUACCAUACGACUAACUAUACUCUAGUUCUUGACAAACUAAAGUUAGAAACUGUCGGUUCCAUUAAGGUGAAAGUUCAAGAUGAAAACGGAGCAGUGAGUUGGAUCAAGACAGCUAUUGUCAAUUUUAUAAUUCCAUACUUCAAGAACACGAUCAUGAACAGCGUUGAACAAGAAGCUAGAAGUGAAAUCCAAAAAUAUUUUGAUGGAAUAAAUUCUAAAACUGCUCCGAAAGUAUCACCAUCUCUAAUAAUUAGUACUUUGAAUAUGUGGAAAAUGUUGAAAAAGUUUUAAAUUGCUCUGCAAAACCGUCAAAAAUCAAAUUAGGAAAUCAUGAAUUAGAAUUAAAUAAACAUUAAGUUAGAAUUAAAUAAACAUUAAUAGGAAACAGACAAUAGAAACAAUAUAGAUCACCGGGGUGUAUCUUGCUUCUAUUUAUCUGUUUUUUAAUAAUUGGAUUUCAACCUCAAAAAGCAUCACAGUUUUAUUAUUAAACGAAAUAAUGGUUUUUUGUGCGUGUAUGUACGAUGUAUGUGUGAUGUUUUUUAGACCUGAGUGAUAUAUAAUUUGUACUAUGUUAUUGAUAAAUACAGAUAUAUA